AUGAUGUCACCUCACAUAUCAUUCUACGUGUACGAUGGAUUUUUCCCCGAUCUCACACCACGUACAUGGAAAGUUGAAUAUAAAGAAAUAAUCAUCAAGAUGAGUGCCCUGAAUAGCCGCGAAACUGUGCUGCAAAGUCUCCGGAAGCAAAUCGACGAUGGCAAAGUCAUUGUGGGGGCUGGCGCAGGAAUCGGUCUAUCUGCAAAAUUCAUAGAAGAAGGGGGCGGAGAUCUGAUCAUAAUAUACAACAGUGGGCGGUUUCGCAUGGCCGGUAGAGGCUCUCUGGCCGGCCUCAUGCCUUACGGAAACGCAAACGACGUGGUUCUGGAUAUGGCAAACGAAGUUCUUCCUGUAGUGAAGAAAACGCCAGUACUUGCUGGAGUGUGUGCGUCAGAUCCUUUUCGUUCCAUUGACAGAUUUCUGCAACAAUUGAAAGACCUGGGUUUCGCAGGCGUUCAAAACUUCCCGACCGUCGGCUUGAUUGACGGCCAGUUUCGUCAAAAUCUGGAAGAAACAGGAAUGGGCUAUGAUAAUGAGGUCGAGAUGAUACGGAAAGCUAGACAAUUGGGUCUUUUGACCACACCGUAUGCGUUCAAUACAGACGAAGCGAAGAAGAUGGCGGACGCUGGCGCUGAUGUUAUCGUCGCCCAUAUGGGACUCACUACGUCUGGGAGCAUCGGAGCAACCAGUGGAAAGAGUCUGGAUGACUCUGUGAAGCUUGUUCAAGAGAUUAGAGAUGUCGCAGCCGCUGUCAACGAGGCCAUCAUUGUACUGUGUCACGGAGGACCAAUCGCUAAACCAGAGGACGCCGAGUACGUGAUCAGCAGAACCAAAGGCGUGCAUGGAUUCUAUGGUGCGAGCUCCAUGGAGAGACUUCCUGUCGAGGAAGCUAUUACAAACAUUACGAGGUCGUUCAAAGAAUUGAAACCAGGACAGUAA